CCAACGCGGCCCGCGGCGGCCCGGCGCCGAUGGCGGCCACGGGCGAGCUGGGCCCGGGCCGUGCGCCCGGCAACACGUACCGCCUGCGGCCCGGCCUCCAGCAGCGAUUUAAGUCAUCCACAGUAAAAGAAUGCAUCCAUACAAUACUGAUGGAGAAGCUGGCCAAUGUAGAGUACGUCCCAGAAGAGAUGCCUCAGCUUACAAAAUCUUUAUCAGAGAUGAUAAAAGACAGACUGAAAGAGGAAGGAUUUGACAGGUACAAAAUGGUGGUGCAGGUUGUGAUUGGAGAGCAGAGAGGAGAAGGAGUGAAUAUGGCAGCGAGAUGUUUCUGGGAUGCUGACACUGACAGCUAUGCUCACGAUGUGUUCAUGAAUGACAGCCUGUUUUGUGUGGUGGCUGCGUUCGGAUGCUUCUACUAUUGAAGACAGUAAAUGCUGCCCAGAAGGACAGGUGCAGGGGAGCACCUUUUAGAGUAUUUUUCUGUUAGGGUGCACAAAAGUGUCAUGUUCUUCCUUUAGCACCUAACAAAGUAACAGCUCUACCAAGCAUGUCCUGCACCUGUUCCACACACUACAACAUUCCCUCUUCCUUGUGGGUACUGGUAGAGCUUUAAGCACAAUAUCAUCACAUCCUUUAUUUAAAUCACCCUGUGUUUUAUACAGUGAGUUGGUUUUGGCCCAAAGAAAUGUAUUGCCAAUAGCUGUUGUUUCUGAGGCAAACUCAGCUUUUGUCUUGAAAGACUUUUUUGUCUUGAAAGCUUUUCUUGAUGUUUGUUUUCUGAGAUGAAUGAAAUAUUUAUUAGAAAUUUAACACAAUAAAUCACUGUAUUUAA